AUGGCAACCCUCCCUACAGUCAAUCGAGAUCUCCACCAGAAUGUUCGCGACGGUCUAUCUGUUCCAACCGUUCUUCGAAGGCUCUAUAAGACACCUAAAAACUUGGAUUUCGAGACGGCAACUUGGGAGAUGAUCAACCUGGUUUUCAAACCUCGAAAGGCGUUUAGGUCAUUUUAUUAUCAACAUCAGACCAAACGCCAAUGGGCUCGAGAUGAUCCCUCGUUCUUCAUUUUGCAAGUCGGAUUGCUAAUCCUAAGUUCAAUGGUAUGGUCGAUUGUAUACGGUCACUCGUUCUUAGGAUUCAUCAAGAUGAUGCUAAACAUGGUUUGUGUGGACUUCUUUCUGUUUGGGUUUGUCACGGCCACUUCGUUUUGGCUAAUACUGAAUAGGCCUCGAUUUAAGUUCAGAUCGGCAGCAGAAUCUCAGGUUGAGUGGGCCUACUGCUUUGACGUCCAUUGCAAUGCUUUCUUAAUUAUCUGGGUUUUACUCUACUUCCUACAGUUUCUACUAUUACCACUCAUAAAGCUUCACAGAUGGAUAGGACUCUUUGUCGGUAACACGUUGUAUUGCCUGGCGUUUGCACAGUACUUCAUUUUGACCUUUUACGGCUACAGCCAGCUGCCAUUUCUUAAGAAAAUCAACUUCAUCCUAUUUCCAGCAUUAGCAUUUGCCGUCCUGUACAUGGUCAGCUUGCUUGGUAUUGACUUGUCAACAAAGCUGAGCUUCCACAAAUACUAA